CGCAAUGGUCCCCGCGGCAUUCUCUCUGGAGGAAUCAUUAUCACAGUAGAUGGCACAAAUUUUGAUGUUAUUAGAGAACCCCAAAUGUAUGUUGAGGACGGCAAUAAACAAUUCAACAGUUCGUGCGAAGUCAAAAACUCAACAAGGAUGGAAUGCAAGUCUCCCGCUAUAUCGCUUGGAGGAGGCGAACAGAUAGACCAUGAAAAUGGGAAGAAGCUGAACUAUGGCUUCAUAAUGGAUAAUGUUAAAUCUGUUAGAUUCCUGAACAAAGAAGAAUCAAAAAACUCAAAAGAUUCAAAGAAACCAACAUUUUCACCUUUUCUUGUUUAUCCUGAUCCUGUUUACUUCGAAUUUGAAGAUACUGAUCAUGUUAAACAGUACAAGUCAGAUUACCUUACAAUCAAUGGUAAGAAUCUGGAUCGAGCAUCCCAGGAGAUAGAUGUAGAGGUUCUCAUUGGUUCUGAAUCUUGCAAUGUGACUUCACUUUCACGAUCACAACUAACAUGUCGACCCCCAAAAGAACAACCUGAACCACUAAAUAAGGAUAACUUCCCACAAGUUGUGGUUAUUGUUGGUAGUAAUCUCCGAUACGAAAUAGGGUACUUGAAGUAUGCCGGCACCACGGAUGUUGGGACGUUGUCCAAGCAGCUGAUCAUUGGGCUGUCUGUUGGUGCAGUGGUCUUAAUUUUCAUUCUGGUUGUCUGUCUCAUAGUUUACCGGCAGAAAAGUAACCAGAACUCCCGGGUCCUUAAGAGUAUGCAGGAGCAGAUGGAUGUUCUUGAACUUAGAGUUGCAGCUGAAUGCAAAGAAGCAUUUGCGGAGCUCCAGACGGAAAUGACAGACUUAACAAGUGAUCUGAUUGGGGGUGGCAUACCAUUCCUGGAGUACCGCACAUACGCCAUGAAGAUCCUCUUCCCCAACCUGGAGGAGACCACCGUGCUGCAGAUGGACCGGCCAGAUCUGGUGCGCAAGGAAAAGGGCCUCAAGCUCUUUGGCCAACUAAUUAUGAACAAAACUUUCUUAUUACUGUUCAUUCGCACACUAGAAUCGAAUAGAUAUUUCUCCAUGAGAGACAGAGUUAAUGUUGCUGCUCUUAUUAUGGUGGCAUUACAAGGUAAAAUGGAAUAUUGUUCAGAUAUUCUGAAGACACUUUUGGCUGAACUUAUAGAAAAAUGUAUUGAAGGAAAGAUACACCCUAAACUUCUCUUUAGAAGAACGGAGAGUGUAGCCGAGAAAAUGUUAUCGUCGUGGUUCACGUUCCUGCUAUACAAGUUCUUGAAAGAAUGUGCAGGAGAACCACUCUACAUGUUGUUCCGUGCCAUCAAGCAGCAAGUGGACAAAGGUCCUGUGGAUGCCGUCACCUCAGAAGCCAGAUAUUCCUUAUCAGAAGAAAAACUUAUUCGCCAGAGUAUUGAUUUUAAGGAAAUGACUGUAUAUGUAUCCAUGUGCAACUUGUAUGUGGGUGCGGUCGACGGACCUAUGGAGAGUGGGGAGACCCCAGUUAAGGUCCUGGAUUGUGACACAAUCUCUCAGGUUAAAGAAAAAUCCCUUGAUGCCAUAUAUCGGUCUUACCCAUACUCUCAGCGACCUAGAAGGGAAGAUCUAGACCUUGAGUGGCGCACAGGCACCUCAGGCCGCCUCAUCCUGUACGAUGAAGACACCACAACUCGGCCUGAGGGAGGCUGGAAGAAGCUGAACACUCUAGCUCACUACAAUGUUCCAGAUAUGGCCCAAUUAACCCUUAUACCUAAACAAUCUUCAAUAUAUAAUUACAUGUCAAUUCUUUCUGAUAAGUCAGAUAAAUCACAUCACAAGUAUGAAACAUUAAAUAUGAACAAAUACACCUCUGCCAGUCCGCCCCUCUCGCGAGCCACAUCGCCCCUUAACCACGAUAAUGAAGCGGGGGUUAAGGUAGGAGCAAAGGUGUGGCACUUGGUUCGCCAACAAGAAUCGGAGCAGCGUGAAGGAGAGCGCACAAAUAAAAUGGUGUCCGAGAUCUACCUCACACGCCUGCUCUCCACAAAGCUCACACUACAAAAGUUCGUUGAUGAUCUCUUCGAGACUAUAUUUAGCACUGCACAUCGUGGCUCUGCUCUACCCCUAGCGAUCAAGUAUAUGUUUGACUUUCUUGAUGACCAGGCAUUACAGCAUGGCAUCACAGACCCAGAGGUGGUCCAUACUUGGAAGAGCAAUAGUCUGCCUCUCAGGUUCUGGGUUAACCUCAUAAAGAAUCCCAACUUCGUUUUUGACAUUCACAAGUCCAAUAUUGUGGAUGCAUGUUUAUCUGUAGUAGCUCAGACAUUCAUGGAUUCCUGCUCUACAUCUGAUCAUAGAUUAGGUAAAGAUUCUCCAAGUUCCAAAUUGCUAUAUGCCAAAGACAUCCCCAUCUACAAGGAAUGGGUAGAGCGGUACUAUGCUGAUAUUAAGAUCAUGCAACCCAUCUCUGAUCAAGACAUGAAUGCGAUGCUAGCCGAAGAGUCCCGGGUAAGUCCAAUGCACACGACCGAGUUCAACAGUCUAGCAGCCCUAGCAGAGUUAUAUAACUAUGCAUUCAAGUACAGCGACCAGCUGAUGCUUACAUUAGAGGAGGACGAGUUCUCCACAAAGAAUCGUUUGGCUUACAGGCUAGAGCAAGUGCACAACAUAAUGACAACCGAUCAAGAAUGACAGGACGCCCCCCCUGACCCACGGGCUGGACCAGAUCAACAGAGAGUUCCGACUUCAGGCUCUGUGGGUCCUGGUUCCUACUCUCCAGGUCCAUAUGGAGGAUCCCCCCCACACCACGCGUAUCCCGGGGGACCGUACGGUGUUUCUCCGCCACAAUCUGCUGUUUAUGAUGGCCAGUUGGAAACUAUGUUCACGUACCGUGGACAAGGUGCAGCCAUGGGAGAUGGGAGCCAAGGGGGGGUAGAUGGCAGUGUGUAUGGUCUUUACGGUGUUCCCCAGCAUGCCAGACUCUCACCUGGGGCAUAUGGAAGUGCACAGUUUCCCAACAGAGGGACACCUCAGGUGUAUGAAUUUGAAUAUGAAGAGCCUCGAUUCACUUGAGGCUUGGUGGUGAGGAGUGCUGUGUUUCUGCUCAAAUUGUGUUGCUAUGUGUGCAACAAGACAGAAAAACAAAGUGCCUCACACCCAAGGCUACAAUGGUGCCCCGGAGUGAGCAUGAAAAAUAGGCAACAAAGCAACGAACAGACUUGCCUGGCAGCAAGCAAGAAACAGAAGCAGCAAGACUUUACAUUAUGCACUACAGUAAUUUUGUACCAAAUUCCCAGGCUUCUAAUAAACCCAAAUAUGACUGGUGAAGGUGCAUUCUGCAGUCAGUGUUUUUUAAUGAGAUUAUCUUGGUGCUGUUUCUUAUAUGUGCAAUGUAGACUGCAAGCUAAGUGCUGCUACCUGGACAAAACUAUAUGGUUAGCACUUAAGUGGUGCUCACUCACAGUGUGUCAGAAAACAGCAUCUUGUGUUUAGUGUCACUUUUUUAAUUGCCAGUCCUGCCCUGAACACUCGUUUGACCUUUGCUCUUCCGUCUUCCAUCAAGAUUGCACAUGACUCCAGCACAAGACUCUGCUGUUUACACAACAAGACUCCGCUCAAAAAGCCACUGCAAAGAGAGUCCAGUGUUGGAGAGUUCGUGAUACUGUAAUUCCAAAUUCACCAUUAUUGUUAUUUGGAUACAUAAAAUGAUGUGAAGGAAUGUCAUUGUUGGCAUUCAGUUGCCCAAGGAAACUCAAUUUAUAUCAGAAUUAUUCAGUAUAUUAAUGGAUUUUUUUCAGAUAGACAUUCACAGGGAGAAAUAAAUUAUUUUACAACAUAGAUCUCCCUGAAUGUUGUACAGACGGUCAUCCAUAUUCCCUGCAUUUAAAAGCAUAGCAAUCAUUACUCUUAAUAAGCUUCUGUUUGUCCAGGUUUAUAAACUGAGUGCAUUAACAUGUCGCUGCUCUGUUACCGUAUGUACCAUUAUUUCAUAUGUGCAAAAACUUUAAGAUGUUUCAAGUUUUCAUGUGAUAUUUCUAUGUGUACGAAACUGCGUGUGUGAUUGUGUGCGCAUUCUGUUACUGCCAUGUGCAUGCGUGAGUGUGUGCGCAGAGGAGAAAGCCAUGUGUGUGUUGUCUCGGUGUUUUGCGGACCUCUCAGCUUUUUGAGCAUAUUUUGCUUGCAUGGUGGAGAUGAGAAUGUCUUUUUUUUCUGUAUCCUACAUACCCUUCAUUAAUGGUUUACAGAAUGACUGUAGCUUAUAACAUCAGGAAGGAGUAUCAUGACCUCUGACAGACUAGUGGGUGUAGCCCAUUUGCCUUGGUAUGAGAGGAUAGGCUGUGUGUGCCAAUGAAUCUGAUAAAGAGGAUGAAGCUCCACCAUGCUGGCAGAGCUCAACAUGAGGGAGCCUUGAUGUGCUCAUGAGUGUAGCUGUGUUCCCAAAUUUGGUUCAUUCAUCAUGGGUGUCUGAGGGAUCUACACAUCCAGUGGUGUAUUCAUAAAUCACUCCAUCAUUAAUGAUCAUUUACAUUUAUUUUACUUUCUUUUAGAAUUUUGAGUGGGAUAAGUUCCCAUUUCAUCAUAUUUUAAUCAUGUUCACAGUGCCACAGCAGCUGACUAUAUCAAUCAUUUUGUUAUGUAGUUGGAGAUGGCCAGGAUUUUAGUGAUGAUGCUCCUUAUUUAUAACAAGGAUGUACUUUUUUAAAAAGAGCUAUGGACUAAUGAUCCUCCAUGUAUUUCCAUGUUUUUAAGCUUUUAGGUAUUAUGACGUGAGUGCAGACAAGGAUAUUUGCAAUAACUUGAAUAUGCCUGUUUUUUAAAAAGUGUAAUAUUUCAGAAUGUAUAAAAUCUCUUACCAUAAAUUGAGCUUAAUUCGGCACCUACGGCAAUAGAGACUCAGUGAGUGGGGGGGGUCUGUUUAGGAAAAGAAAAUAUGUAGAAACAAAUACAUAAAGAAAAUAUUCAAAUAAAUUAAUUUCAAAUUAAAUAUAAACUGAGGUCUCACUGGGGUGCUCACAUCUGAUAUCAUGUGUAAGGUAUAGAAGGUGUAACAACUCCGGCUGAGACUGGCUACUCUCUCAAUGGUCUCGGAGCUACAGUUGAGUUUCUCUCUCACUCUAAUCUCACACCCAUCUAUGUACAUUCAUUUGUGAAUAGUUCCUUUGUAUUAUAUUAGUACUCAUAAGACCAUUUGAUACAAUCAUUACUGGUAUUAAUUAUUAAUGAUGUUGAUACAAAUUCUAUCAUUGUCUACUUAGCUCGCAUCCCAGGACCAACACAAUCCUUUCGUUGCUGAGUAAACUGUAGCCUCGGUGAGAAUGAGGCUGUUUGUAUAUAACUGUGGAGGAAGGUCGGCGGCCUUCCACAUCCUUCUGCAUUCCAGGGUCUCUUAGUCAUAAUGUGGACUCAGCAAUUUUACACUCCCCCUUUUUGUGACCAUUGUAAUUAUACUGAUUUUACCGUUUGACAGUUCAUUCAGAUUUAUAGCCUUGACGAGUUUAGAGCAUGAUCAGAGGGCCAUGAUCUCUGGCUCUGUCAUCGCCAGGCCCUGGUCUAGUCUCAUAGCCGCCGACCCCCGCCUACCUGUGUACCAUGAUUUCCCGCGCGUCCCGCUGUACAGGCGCACGUUAUGUGUAUGUCAAGUCUGUGUUUCAUAUAAAUGGAUCAAUAAAUUUUUUCACUGUA